CUGCCCCUCCCUCUAUCCAGCGUUGUACAAGCUCCCUCGCUGAGACGUGGGGACACUAGGCUACUAAUGAGUCUCCGCCAGGCAGUGACUUCCUUCUCAGUCACAGUGGACACCACAUGUUCUCAUAUACCUGUUUUUAUCUGACGUUCACCCUUCAACGUCGAACAUAUGACAAAGCGAAAACAGGUGCUCCAGCCCUUGGGUAUAGCUCAAUGCAUUCCGGUACAUCGCAAUGCCCACAGCUGUGACACAAUCGAGCAGCACAGUGUCAGCGUUAUUGAUGUCUGCUCCUACAUGGAUACUUUGAUCAGAGAUGUACGCCAGGUGAAGUAAACAGUUGAUCUCGUAAACCUUUGAAACGUUCCCUAAUUCGUGUACAGCUGUUUUGUGCAAUAACGUCGUAGAUGAUGCAUUUGGUCUACGGUUACUACGUUGCCUUGGUAAACGUGUAAACAACGCCGCUGAAUGGAGGGACGCUAAACGGUUAUACCAACCAGCGUUACAGUGAACGCAAACGAGUCGACCCACCAAUGAAUUUAGGAACGUUCAACGACAACGUCUACCACAGUCACAGUGAAAGUAAAAGCGUAGACAUCGCCUCUCAAUUCAGAAUCAGCCAACGACAACGUAUACCACAGUUACAGUGAAAGUAAAAGCGUAGACAACGCCGCUCAAUUCAGAAUCAGCCAACGACAACGUAUACCACAGUUACAGUGAAAGUAAAAGCGUAGACAACGCCGCUCAAUUCAGAAUCAGUCAACGACAACGUCUACCACAGUUACAGUGAAAGUAAAAGCGUAGACAACGCCGCUCAAUUCAGAAUCAGCCAACGACAACGUCUACCACAGUUACAGUGAAAGUAAAAGCGUAGACAUCGCCGCUCAAUUCAGAAACAGUCAACGACAACGUCUACCACAGUUACAGUGAAAGUAAAAGAGUAGACAACGCCGCUCAAUUCAGGAAAGUUCGACACUACGUCUAGCGCCGUUUAAGUAAAAGCAAGCGAGACAUCGACAUCGCCUCUGAAUUCAUGGUCGUUCGAUAACUUCGCCCGCCACCGUUACCGUGAAGAGACAGCGAGCACAGAAGGCACGUUCUUCAUGCAUCACACACGGGCGUAGAGGUAACAACUGAUCCCGCCCCCAUGGGAGUGAUCAUCAGAUGAAGGGAUGUUAUUUAGCAAGAUCCUUGCUGACAUUACAUGCCACCAGAUCCGUCCUUUCUCUGCUGUACCGGACUGAGCUCAACACCGAGCAAAUCUCUGGAGACAUCCUGAUACAAUAACGUUUACGGUGCCGUCGUAGAGGUUUCGCCGCUGUAUCCUAGUAAGGACGUCGCAGUACCCGACACUCAAUGUCGACCUUGACAGCUUCAUUGCGACGUCACUGAAGACAUCAACGAUGACAACAGCGUCCGUGACGGCACUGAUCCUGCUUGUUUGUAUGGGCCAUGACGCAAUAGCCAGGGAGAAGAUGUGCCGUCACAAAUUUGGGAUGCGUCCUCCUGACGAGUUUCGCUUGUAUUCCUGCGCCUGGUGCUAUUUCCACGUAUCCCGAUCUCUGAAACUCACCGCCAACCUCAGGACUCCGUACUUAGAGGCACGGGUGAAUGGAUCAUCGUUCUCCAAGGGUGCUUUGCUUAUACCGGAUGUAAAGAACGCCACCUGUCGGAGCAUGGUAUGUGAGACUUUAACUUCCGAUCUGUGUGACCGAUGGAGUAUGUGCUGUCACCACGCUGAAGAUUGCUGUCGUCGUCAGAUUGAGGCCCCGCCCUACAUCAACACCACGUGUCAUCGCACAUGGGAUGGUUAUGGCUGCUGGGAUGAUGCCGCCCCUGGCACCACCACCUUCCUCAGCUGCCCAAGUUUCCUGGAGUACGCAGUGCCUACACGUAACGCUAUCAAACAGUGCAAUGCUGACGGCACUUGGUACAAGAAGAACCUGCUAGACUGGACCGACUACACGCCGUGCCUCGACAAGAAGAGUCUUAUCAGCUCCAUCUAUCUGAGCCUAGGCUGUAACAUUGCCAGCAUCCUCUUCCUCGUGCCCGCCUUCAGCAUCUUCCUCAUGUACAGGUCACUCCGACGCCAGCACAGGAUACGUCUUCAUAUGAAUUUCUUCAUGUCUUUCGUCACCAGUGAUGUCGUGACGAUAUUGUGGGAUAUGCUUGUCACGUACGACCGCCUCACCAACAAACACAUUCCCCAAACACUCCUCUAUCGGAAUGGGGCUGGCUGCAAGGUCCUCUCCUUCUGUCGAAUCUACUUCAAGAGCACGAACUAUGUGUGGAUGUUUUGUGAAGGCUUCUAUCUGCACAGGCUCAUCAGCAACGCCUUCACGCCGCCCAAAAAUCUCAUGCCUCUUUACGUCACAGGAUGGGGUGUGCCGCUGGUUUACUCUGUGAUAUACGGCAUCAUCCGCCUCGUACACUAUAACGAAAGCUGUUGGGCCAAGAGUCUGGGCCUGACUGAGUGGAUCAUAUACGCACCCAAUCUUCUUUGUCUUGUGGUAAAUCUUUUCUUUCUAUGCAAUAUAUUGCGGAUUCUUUUGACACAACUCCAGUCUCACCCAAAUGAACCAAGUAAUUUCAGGAGAGCUCUGAAGGCGACGUUUGUGUUGAUUCCACUGUUCGGGGUUCAGUUGUUCGUUACCCUUUAUAGAAUCCCGACAGGGAACCCAGGUGCUGUGGAGUAUGAAAAAUUUACUGUUUUCGUUAUCAACUCACAGGGCUUCUUCGUAGCACUGAUAUUCUGCUUCUGCAACAGCGAGGUACUGUCCCACUUAAGAAAGAGCUUCACAAGACUGAAGAUUAUCAGAUCUCGACUGGACCUGCCCCGGGGCACUACCAUGGCGACUAGCCUCAACUACAUCCACCCCCACUGUAAGGACGAGUCCCACGAGACUGAGAACGGGACGUACGUGUUUAACGAGAGCCCUCGGUCUAGCCCGUCCCCCAAGAGAGACAAGAUCCCAAUGGAAACGUACGACAGAAACUACGUGUACACUUAUAUGAUGGUGUAUCAGAUACACGCUGAAGGCGCAGGCCAUAUUACCACUUCGAGGAAACCAACGAGAAUGUGAAUAGUACUCGCAAAAUCAAGGAUUAUAACCGUCGGAUCCUGGCACGGCGAAGGGAAGCAACUCCACAGAGGGUUACGGGUCCUGAAAUAACUGGGCCACUAGUACCAGAGGCAGUGUGUGAACAAAUCUUUCGUCGUCAUACUAAGUGCAUCACCAUGGCAACGCGUUUGGUGUGUAAUAGACUGAGAAAGUAUGAUUAUUUUGUCCAAGUUUCACACCAUCCUUUGUUAGGAUAAUCAAAAAGCCCUUUUAGUAUUUUUGGUUUUUUUAAUAGGCCAAGCCUUGAAAGGGGGGGGG